CCAAAGUUGUGAAAUUUUAUUUUAUAUUUUCCUUUCUUUCUUCAUCUUAUAUGUAACUCUACAUUCUCUAAUUCCCAUCAUUCCAUUCAAUUCAAUUCAAUAUGUCUACUCCAGCAGAUUACUACCGUUCUCUACCACCUGUCAGUAAGACCUAUGGAGUGUUAUGUUUGAUGAUCAGUGCUGCAUAUUAUCUGCAAUUAUAUGAUGCAAAGAACAUAGCACUCUUUUAUGGACUUGUAUUUAAACGCCUUCAGAUUUGGAGGCUUAUCACAAAUUUCUUCUUUCUUGGACCGUUUUCAUUUCCAUUUGCAAUUCGACUUAUAAUGAUAGCAAAAUAUGGAGUUUCGUUGGAAAGAGGACCCUUUGAUAAACGUACUGCAGACUAUGUUUGGAUGUUCAUAUUUGGUGCACUCUCGCUUUUGGUGAUCACUUUUGUGCCAUUUUUCCGGGUUCGAUUCUUGGGAGUAUCUAUAGUUUACAUGAUCACUUACGUUUGGAGCCGUGAGUUUCCAAAUGCGAGAAUCAAUAUUUAUGGUGUUGUAUCAUUGAAGGGUUUUUACCUUCCAUGGGCACUACUAGCUCUAGACUUAAUAUUUGGAAGUCCUAUAAAACCAAAUAUUUUAGGGAUGCUUGCAGGACACCUAUAUUACUUCUUAUCAGUACUUCAUCCUCUUGCUGGUGGGAAAAUCAAGUUCAAAACCCCUCUCUGGGUACACAAAAUAGUGGCAUAUUGGGGAGAGGGUACCCAAGUGAAUGCUCCAGUGCAAUCUAAUCCAUCAUCUGGAAUUGUAUUCAAAGGAAGAAGUCACCGACUUGGGGGGUCUCAAGCAACAAGUAACACUAAAGGGAAUGAUAAUAACAAUAAUGCUUCCUCUUCUCAGCAACAAAAUCAUGAUAAGGGAGAUAAUGGGAUUGCCUUUCGUGGUAGAAGUUAUCGCUUGAAUGAAUGAGUUUGGCUACAUAUCAUUUGUUUAUAACUUCUCGUUUAUUUACAAAGGAAUGUUAUAUACAUAACAAUUAUGUAUAUCCUUUUUAUAUAUGUAUCUUUUACCUUUUAAUGUUAAAAGUAAAUAAUAAAUGGUACAUAAAAUAAUGAAGGUUUCA